GGAAGGGUUUCGAAGCUAGUUCGGGGACAGACCUUCGGAAGAACCGGGCUGCUACCACCUACGCACCGGCCCUCGCGCAAACGUGCGGCGAGGGCAUCCUGCAACAGCUGGUCGCGACGAAGAGCUUCCCGCACAAGUUUUCCCUAGGGGAGCAGGCUUCACUGUUGCACUCCUGUUCCACACUGCAGCUGCGGAACACGAGUGAUUUGCUUUUCGCAACGGACUUGGAUCUGUCAAAGAUUCUGGUGCAUGUAUGGCACUGA